ACUUUCUAUGGCACCUUAUAGCAGCCCCUCUGGCAUUUGCCAGAACCCACAGAUUGCCAGUCCAGGCCUGGACUUGUGUAGAUGUACAGACGCCUCCUGUUCCAAUCACUGGCCCUACUAGGGUUGGCUACUCAGCUGCCCCCAAUUUACUGCUUAGCAUAAAAGGCCCUGUUUGUGGUCGGGAAGGUGUGAGAUGUGGUCGCAGCAGAAUCUCCAAUGUGAUGCAAUGGCUCCCCCUAGAGAUGAAGUUGUUCAGUACAUGUACGAAGAGUAUGACAGUUUCAGCCUGUUGCUGCUGGGGACCUGCGCUGCUUUAAUCCUCAUUCUGCUGCUUCUCUUGUGCUCCCUCCGCUCAACAAGACGCUCCGUUGAUUUACACCAACAUGAAAAGUCGGUCCAAGACUUGCAGCUGAAAAACGUCAAGCGAGGCACCGCCAAAAUCCCUGAACCACCAGAAUCACAAAACAGAGCUGUUCCUACAGACCCAGAACCAGCCCAUCAGAAUAAAGCUCAAAAUAAUCAAAAGAACAAACAUGAAGCAUCUGUCAAAACCAAGACAAAUCUAUUAAAUCAAAAUUCUAAAGCAGAAGAAAAGAGCCCAACUCUGAGAGGACGAAAUCUCCCAUCAAUACCCCGGGACAGUGGAACUACAGAAAAUGCACUAGAAAAGUCAAAACGUGAAGAACCCCUCUAUGAUACUGUGAAUGAAAAAGAACCAUCAACUAAUAUCAUCAGCAGUAACGGCCAGUCAAAUGGAAGUGUGAAUAAUGGAGAGGCCACUGGGAAAACAGCGACUGUCCCUCUUUACUCCAAGGUGCCUACGAGCAAGGGAUCCCUCAAGAAGCAUCAAAACCAAGAAAAUUUAUAUGAAGAAUUGAAACACGAGGCUGAGCCCAGAGCUAACUCAGAAGCAGCACAUGCGAAUAGAGGACCAAGUCCAGUCUCCCAAAGGAGUAACUCCCCUGAAACAUCAUUCCAAACCCAGGAAAAUACAGAAAGUACAGACCAGAUUCCAAAUUUAACAGAUAGACAUCUUCCCUUAAUCCCCCAAGAUGAUGUAACUAUUCAAAGUGGACUAGACAAGAUAAACGUUGCUUACCCGUUGUACGAUACUGUUAAUGAAAUUCACGAUGGAGCUAUUGUUCCGGAAUCAAGAAUCGAACCUCCGCUCUUAGGGUUGCAAGUGCCCAUUAUUGAAGUAGAACCAGCUGGUAAUAUUGUAGGACAUAAUGGUGAUAACAAGUCAGAUGGAAGUUUGGACAAUGGAGAGACCAACGAGAGAAAGAAAAUAGGCAUUGAUCCUCUUUACUCUGUUGUUCAUAAGAACAGGAUAUCCCAAAAGAAACAACCACACCAAGAAAGUUUAGAUGAUGAAAUGAUGCAGGAGCCUGAUACAGAUAUUUCUGCUAGUAGGACUGACCUGAACAGCUCACAAACCUCACUAGAUAUGGUGUCAAUGGCUUAUAUGCGUGCCAAGAAGAGGGGAAAGGAUGAUACGUCGAUCAACUCUGAACGGGAGGAACCUCCACCUCUUCCAGAAAAGCAAUUCAACGCAGAAGAUGAAAAUCAAUAGAACAUAACAGAGGAUGUAAAGAAAUUUGUCUCCAGUCAACUAACACGUCGUUGGUAAGGAGAGACUCAUCACCACCAAAACCAUCUCUGACAAUUCCUGGCUGGAAAUAUUUCUGUGACAUCAUUGUUGUUCUUUAAUCUGACCAUGAUGAACUCUACUAUUGGGACAUAGUUUGAACCCCAUAACUGUGACAUUGUCCCAGCAAUGACAUUUACCUGAAUCUGAUGGUGAUCCCAAUUAUUGUGCCAAUCGGUUUUCAGAAUACGACAGGCACAUUUAUUGUGACAUCACUGUAUUUUCACACAUCUUAACAAAGAACACUAUUAUGGUGACACUGUCAGCCAUGUAACUAUUCCACCAAGUUCUGGAAUGAAUUCUUUAACCCUGCAGUAACCAUCAAUACUGCUCAGUAUAAAAUACUGCUGUUGAAUAAAUUGGCCUCCGGAGUGCAAAGAAUGAUAUAAUGUACAAUCAGGAUUUUGGAAGCAGAUUUAAUUUGAACGAACACUGAUCAGCAAUGAAAGUAGCGUAGCAGUAACUCAUUCACAUCUUCCCACAACAAUUUUUCAUCAUGUUAUUUUGUUUGGAUUUUCCAUGCUGUUAAUUAUGAUUCCCAUCAGGGUGUAAUAGAGUUACACGUAAACCUAUUCGCAAGUAACCCUAUGAAAUGAGGCCUCCGUAGACUAAUACACCUUUUUUCCCCAAGUUAUGCUCUGCAAUCGCAGUCUUGGCCUCCACUUUGUCAGUCCAGGUAGGACAAGUCAAGGGGAUUUGAUUGUUGAUCCAUGAGCUAACAAUCAGAUCAUAAUAGAGGUCUACACAGAUCUGUUGGGUCGAAUCAUGCCAAGAGAUAUCUGGUUAAACACUGGUCAGGCAGAUUGCCAUUUAGGACCAAUAAGCUGCCCAUUUAGUCUACGGUGACCCAUGUAUUGGCAGGUUAUGUAUUGUAUAUUUUAUUUCAAUCUGUGUUUUAAAAUAAAGUUCUAUAGGUUCUACA